UCUAACCAUAUGUGAACUUUACACCUAUUCAUCUAGUGAAAGAUGGCUGUAAAUUAUAAAUAUUUAAAUCGUGCUCAACUCUCUAUAAAUUAUUUACAUUCAAACAGUACAACUCAUGAAUUUUUAUUUGGAGCAUUAGCGGAAAUGAUUGAUAAUUCUAGAGAUGCAAAUGCCAAAAAUAUUCAUAUAUAUGAGGAAGCCAACUCAGAGCUAAGAGGAGGUUAUAUGAUUUGCUUUUUGGAUGAUGGAUGUGGGAUGAGCCCCAGUGAGGCGAGGGAUAUAAUGACAUUUGGUAGAUCUUUUAAAAAGGAUGAUACGAUAGGAGAUGAAAGAAAAAUGAUUGGCCAAUAUGGGAAUGGAUUGAAAUCUGGCUCUAUGAGAAUUGGUAAUGAUUUUAUCCUAUUUACCAAAUGUCACAAUCAACCCAUGACUUGUUUGCUCCUUUCUAGAACAUUUCACGAAGAAGAAAAGAUUGACGAGGUUAUUGUUCCUUCACCUUCCUUUCACCCUGACACCAAAGAAUUGUAUUAUGAAGAUGAGGAUACCAAAGAAAAGGCUGAAAUUGAACUAGGUAUAAUCUCUCGCUACUCGCCUUUCAAAUCACUCUCAUCGCUUCAUAAAAUUUUCGACCGUAUAUCUUCCCCAUCCGGCACGCUUGUAUGCGUAUAUUCGCUCAAGCUGGACGCCAAUGGAAAACCCGAAAUAGAUUUCACUAUGAAUCCCUUGGAUUUCACUUUGCCCAUCUCUGUUUCCUUACCCAAUUCAGAUGAUAGUUUGAAGGAGAGGACCUCUUUUUCGGCAUACCUCUCUCUUUUGUACAACCUUAAUGCUUCCUCCAAUCAUCCUGGCUCCCACGAAAAUACACAUUCCGUCUCUCGCUCAUCGCCGAAUAGCGAGAUCUGGCUGAGGAACAAAAGAGUCGAACGCGUCGUGUGGACUAGGAGGCUAUUCGCCGUAUCCCGCUACGUUUAUUCCAGCGCCAAAUUUAGAGCCAGAGCAAUGACCGACGCGGAUCGGGCUGCGGCAACUGCCAAAAUCGCCGAAGAAAUUGCUAGAGAAGCAGAAAGCAAAGCUAGAGAUUUAAGUAAUCGAUACGGUCAUACUCCAUUGGAAAAACAUAAACGGAUGGAAAUUAGGAAGUGUCACGAACAAGCUCAUUCCCUGAGACAAAAGGCCAACCUUUUGAAACAGAACUCAGAGAAAAAAAUGAAAACCAUGAAAGAUCCUAAAUCCAUAGAUCUGAUAUUCGGAAUAAAUCUGGAAGAUCGAACACAGACAGGUGCCUUUGUUUACAACCAAAGUCGGCUCAUCAAAAUGUACCAACCGUUCAACAAUAACUCCGUUUCAUCUAUCAAAAACAAUGGCGUAGUUUGCCUGAUAGAUAUCCCUUACGAAAUACUGGAACCAACCCACAACAAACAAGAUUUCGCCGAUGAAAAGGAAUGGAAAUUUCUUAAAACCGUCAUCAACAGCCAUUACAAUGAUUACGUUUUUGAUGUUUUGGAUAAAAAUACGGAAUUCAAAAAUUGGAAAGAAUUUUGGAAGUAUUAUGGUUAUGAAGCAGAGGAAAGUAAACCUUCAAAUGAAACAUUGUACUUGACGAGAAGGGCUAUGGUUAUUCCGAAAUACAAACAAUGUGUUCGAUGUUCGAAAUACAGAAAAACACCUUUCCAACUUAGCGAUUAUACUCAACGUGACGACGAAAAAAUAGAAGAAUUAUGGGAAUGUUCACAAAAUCAAGACAAAAAAUGCAAUAGGUGUGAUGCACCAGAACUCAAGUUAGAUAUACCUCUUGCACGUUUGCGAAAGGUGCUUCCCAAACAAAAUCACAGCUCCCAUAUGAAUAACUCUCGCGUGGACACUUUCAUUGUGUCGGAUAGGGAGGAUAGCGAAGAUGAACAAGAGUACGUUAGGGAGUCGAGAAAUCGUAUUACGGAUAAAAUUUCCAACUCCUACUCCACAUCUACUUCCCAAACCAUCAGCACAAGAUCUCAUCAGAAUAGUAGCACUAAAACUGGUUUCGAAUCGAGCACUAAAACUCCCUUAGAAUCGGGAUUCAAUGACUCCAACUCGACCCUGGCUCACGCGUUAAAUCAAUCUAUAGCCUCACUCAGGAGGCCUCCCGAUUUAUCACCCAGCGUUCAUUCCGUCAAAGUCGAAUAUGGUCCCCAAGUCAUUAACAAUAACGCUAGCCACCACUCACCAUCUUCCAUCUUAAAUAAUGGCGAUGUUGGCAUUCAAAGUCAGAAUAAUAAUCUCAAAAAAUCUUCUAAACCACCCUCAUAUAAUUCAUCGAAACCAAAACGCAAACGCGAUGAUGACCCAGCCUUUACGGCUUCCAAAUCGGUCAUAUCUGCACCCUCGACCAAACGAAUGGAAGACAAAGUUGACAAAUUAGCUGAACAGCUUAGGACAGUUUUAAAGUUUUUUGUUCCGCCGAACUACACAUUCAAUGCCCAAGAUGUGGCCCAAUUCGACUGUGAUAAACUGCUAUCGCUCGAUAUACCCAAAUUAAAAGCUCAUUACGAGGACGAAUUAAAAAAAUUAAUAUCAAAAGAAUCCAAAAAGGUCUCCGAUAAUUUUAACCCCUUAGAAAACGAUAAUAAGGAAUUGGAGCAUACCAAAGCAACCCUUAUUCAAUUGAGAAGGAAUGUUUCUACAUUACUACGGCUUACUAGUCCGGGAAUCAAUCUGGAAGCCAAUUGUCAAAGCGAAGAUGUUGACUCUUUCGUUAUUUAUUGUUUAUCGAUGAUGGAACAAAAAUAAUUAUACAUUACUCAAAAAAUUGUAAAAACCACAACGCUAAAUAUAAAACGCCGAUAUAAUAUUAUUGUACAUAUUAACACAUACUCUUACAACUUUAUAAAUAUAUUAUUUAUAUGAUGUCGAACUUGUCAAAUUCUUGUAUAAAGAACAUUUUUUUAUAAAUUAUUUUAUAAAACAAUAUUGUAUCAUAUAAAUGAAAGAUAUAGAGCUUUUAUCAUUAAAUAUUUUACAGACAUUUAAAGAAUUUAUAUAAUUAUUCUUAGCAUAAUUUUGUUUUACCAUCUUAAACUUUCCUCUCAUAUGUUUAAAUAACGUAUUAUUGCUUUGAGUCACAAUGACUCAAAGCUAAUUUUAUAUCAUUUCUUAAAAAAUAUAAUUGCGCAUCAGAUAUUUAUCUAUCACAAUUUUUUUUAUACAGCUCAAUUAAAUUGAGUGUUGUAUUUAAAAAAA